CGGCGGGAAGAUGGCGGCGUCCGGUGGCCGUGGUGGCGCUGGUGGCGGCGGCUUCGGCGCGGGCCCGGGCCCCGAGCGCCGGAACAGGCGGCAAAUGGAGGCUGGAGAGGCGCAUCCACUGCCACGGCCAGUCAGUGGGCAGGUGGCAGACACCACUGGGACCCAGGCCUGGUUUCCACUUCUCUGGGGCUGGUUCUGGCAAUUUUGCCUCCCCCCGGGGCAGCUUCAGAGCCCUGCCAAGCCAGCGCAGGGACCAGACGGCCCUGAGGCCUGGGAGCCACCUGCCCACCUCUGCUCUCCCGCAGCAUGGCCGACAAGAAUGGGGCCCUCAAGUGUACAUUCUCGGCCCCCGGCCACAGCACCAGCCUCCUGCAGGGCCUCGCUGCCCUCCGCGCCCAGGGCCAGCUUCUGGAUGUCGUGCUCACCAUCAACCGAGAGACCUUCCACGCGCACAAGGUGGUCCUGGCCGCCUGCAGCGACUACUUCAGGGCCAUGUUCACGGGCGGCAUGAGGGAGAUGAGCCAGGAUGUUAUUGAGCUGAAGGGCGUGUCGGCCCGCGGCCUGCGGCACAUCAUCGACUUUGCCUACAGUGCCGAGGUGACACUGGACCUGGACUGUGUGCAGGAUGUGCUGGGUGCAGCCGUGUUCCUGCAGAUGCUGCCUGUGGUGGAGCUGUGUGAGGAGUUCCUCAAGGCCGCCAUGAGCGUGGAGACCUGCCUCAACAUCGGCCACAUGGCCACCACCUUCAGCCUGGCCUCGCUCAAGGAAUCGGUGGACACCUUCACCUUCCGGCACUUCCUGCAGAUUGCCGAGGAGGAGGACUUCCUGCACCUGCCGCUGGAGCGCCUCGUCUUCUUCCUGAAGAGCAACCGGCUGCAGAGCUGUGCCGAGAUUGACCUGUUCCACGUGGCUGUCCGCUGGCUGCAGCACGACCCCGCCCGGCGGCUGCGCGCCAGCCACGUGCUCUGCCACAUCCGCUUCCCGCUCAUGCGGUCCUCAGACCUGGUGGACAGCGUGCAGACGCUGGACAUCAUGGUGGAGGACGUGCUGUGCCGCCAGUACCUGCUGGAGGCCUUCAACUACCAGGUGCUCCCCUUCCGGCAGCAUGAGAUGCAGUCGCCGCGCACAGUCGUGCGCUCGGACGUGCCCUCACUGGUUGCCUUCGGCGGCACACCCUACACCGACAGCGACCGCUCGGUCAGCAGCAAGGUAUACCAGCUGCCCGAGCCGGGGUCCCGCCACUUCCGUGAGCUGACGGAGAUGGAGGUGGGCUUCAGCCACACGUGCGUGGCCGUGCUGGACAACUUCGUGUACGUGGCCGGGGGUCAGCACCUGCAGUACCGCAGUGGCGAGGGCGCCGUGGACUCCUGCUACCGCUACGACCCCCACCUGAACCGCUGGCUGCGCCUGCAGGCCAUGCAGGAGAGCCGAAUCCAGUUCCAGUUGAAUGUGCUGUGCGGCAUGGUAUACGCCACGGGCGGCCGCAACCGGGCCGGCAGCCUGGCCUCAGUUGAGAGGUACUGCCCGCGGCGCAACGAGUGGGGCUACGCCUGCUCACUGAAGCGCCGCACAUGGGGCCACGCGGGUGCCUCGUCUGGGGGCCGCCUCUACAUCUCGGGCGGCUACGGUAUUUCGGUGGAGGACAAGAAGGCCCUGCACUGCUACGACCCCGAGGCCGACCAGUGGGAGUUCAAGGCUCCCAUGAGCGAGCCCCGAGUGCUCCAUGCCAUGGUGGGCGCCGGCGGCCGCAUCUACGCCCUCGGUGGCCGCAUGGACCACGUUGACCGCUGCUUCGAUGUGCUGGCCGUGGAGUACUACGUGCCCGAGACGGACCAGUGGACCAGUGUGAGCCCCAUGCGGGCCGGACAGUCAGAGGCCGGCUGCUGCCUGCUGGACAGGAAGAUCUACAUCGUUGGGGGCUACAACUGGCGUCUCAACAAUGUGACAGGCAUCGUGCAGGUGUACAACACCGAGACAGACGAGUGGGAGCGCGACCUGCACUUCCCGGAGUCCUUUGCUGGCAUCGCCUGUGCCCCCGUCCUGCUGCCCCGGGCCAGGACCAGGAGGUAGCUCCCCAGACCCCGGUUCCCGGCCUGGCUGCCUGCUGUUUCUGCGAGGGGCUUGGCGGGUGCGCGUCUGGGCGGGGAACUUCGAAUCUCCACCCCCGCGGGCUGGUCUCGCAUAAGGCACCCUCCUCACCCACCCCUUCCUUCCUGAAGCAGAUUCUGCCUCUGUGCCCAGUGGGGGAGGCUGCCAGCAACAAGGCUGAUGUGGCAGCAAACUCACACCCAAGGUGGUUUCCUCGCCCACCUUGAGUUCUCGCUGGCCGGCUGGUGGGCGGGAAUCGGGGUCUCCUCUGGGGCGUCGUGGUGUGGCUUUGCCCCACUUCUCUCCCCUCCCUCUGCCCGGAGGUCUGAGAAAUGCAGAUGCGAACUCGUUCUCGGUUGAUCCCCAAAUUCUCCCCCAACCCCCAUGAGUUGCAUGCGUCCUUUUUAAAAUAAACACACCCCAAAUCUCUGUAACAUACGGACCUCCAGGAGCAGGAGAAAUGGCUGACAAGUACCUGGCUGGGGUUGGCCAGAAGGGCACGUUUCCGCCUCCCCAAGAAGCCUGAGUUGCUGGGCAGGAGGGAGCCAGCACUCAUUUCCAUUCCUGGCCUGGGUCUUAGCACCUUCGGGGUGUUCUGUCAUCUGCUUUCAGGAGGAAAAACAACACAGCCAGCUCCCAGAGACUGUCGUUACGGGCAUCAGGCCUUCCCAUCUGGCCCUGGGUGAUGUGUGGGGCUUUAAUUAAGAACGGGCUGACUCUCCUCAUCCCUGUCCUGGUCCCAUGAAUGAAAGGGGACGCCUGCUUCAGAAUCUCAUAGUGCGUCUGCAUUCCACAGGCCUGUCCCGUUCUUUUCAUUUCUCCCCCUUUCCAGCCCUCUGCUCCCCGCAACCCUGUGUUCAGGUUGACAUGCCACAGGCCUGUGCCCACCCUGCGUGGGAAGUCAGGCGGGCCAUGAGGCCUCUGCCUUCAAGGGCUUUGCGGCAUCUCCAGCCACAUUUCUUUUGGUGUCUAAACCUCAAAACCAUUUUUUUUCUUUUUUUUUUUUUCUUUUAAGAGGCCAGCACCACUGUCUUAUAAAUGAGAUUUGUCCCCUCGGGGCAACUUAAAGUGUCUCUUCUGCUGCUAAUGGACGAUUGAUGUCGUGUCUCUGUGACCCGCUCGCCAUGUAAAGAAUUAACCUCAUACCUUAGCAGACGUCGUCUCCUAAUAUUUUCCUUUUAUUUAAUAAAAAUGUUAUGGUAAAAA